AUGGCGGCUACCACCACCGCGGAGCUUCAACAGUGUCGGGAAGAUAAUUCCGACUUUUUGAGUCUGAGGUUGUCGGACGAUGAAGGUGUGUUGAAUGGGAUUGUCAGGAACCUUCCGUAUUUGUCGGACUUGGUCACGCGUGUGGAAAUUCCAUACCACUCCAGCACGGAUUCGGGAUACAAGAAUCCAAAUUGGACGGAUAGUGACAAGGUGGAGGAAGUCUUUGAGGCCAUAGGAGAACUGGAACAGCUCCAAUCCGCCACGAUCCGGGCCGACACAUCCUCGAGCAAUUUCCCAAUUGAUCUCGUGGCGCAUGUCUUGCUCCCGGCAAAGACUCACCUCAAGUACUUGACAUUUGAUGUCCCGCGAUUGCAGUGCUCUUUCCGGUCCAUCACAAAGGUGGCCAAAGCCUUGGAACAAAUGACUUCCUUGCAAGUCCUCAAACUCCGGUACACCAUUCUGUUCAACACGGGGAAUGCGUUGGAUUACGGUGCGGUGGAUCCCAUUCUGGCCAGCUUGCGAAAGAUCCCGUCUCUACAAUGUGUUACGCUCAAUGGUUGGGCCACGGGAUCGAAUCAGAGUGAUAGGGAGCUGUUGGGUUCGCGCCGACCUACGUUUGAUGCCGAUUCGUUUGGUGAAUUGCUCAAAUCGGAGAGUCUUCAAGAACUGCACAUUUCCCGUAUCGACUUGUCCUUUGACUGUAUCAUGGCGCUCGCGGGAGCCAUUCAAUCCAACACCAGUCGCCUCCGAAAGUUGAUCCUGGACGAUUUCCCACAGGACCCUCAGGUACAAAAGUGUCUUGCCAUGGCAUUUACGAACAACAACACCCUGGAGACCAUUGGCGUAUCUCACUCUGCACCCAUGGAAGGAACGGAUAACUUUCUUUCCAUGAUGGCGGGAGGUCUCGUCAAGAACACGGGGCUCACGACGCUGCGUAUUUCGCCCUACCCUUUGUCGCAGUAUCGCCCCAAGAUUCAAGAGGCAUUCGUCGAAGCGCUCAAAGUCAACACAUCGUUGACAUCGCUGCAUGUCGCUCAAGCUGGAGGAAGAUCUCCAGAGAACUAUCCUCCCGCGCUCUUGCACUACUUGAAGCUCAAUCAAAUGAAACGAAAGGGGUUCUUGGAAAAAGACAACAACAAGAUUUCCCACGCGGAAUGGGUUGACAAGAUGGUAGAAGCAUCUCAUGAUCUGGAUGCUUUCUAUUACUUUUUGAGAUUGAAUCCAUCGCUCUGUCCAGUAGUAGUGAAAGAGGACGAUUCCGGCGACAAAGCUACUAGUACUCCAGAAUCUGAGGAGAAGGCAGAGCCUGAAAAAGAUGAGGAAAAGGCAGAACUGGAACUGGAGGUCGAGCGUCUCAAGAAGGAAUUGGAGGAGAAAAAGGCAGAGGUGGUACAAGAAAAUGGGAAGGAGGAGCUGGAAAUGGAGGUCGAGCGUCUCAAAAAAGAAUUGGAGGAGAAGGCAGAUGUUGGAACAGACGAAGGGAAAGCAGAGCUAGAAAUGGAGGUCGAGCGACUCAAGAAGGAACUUGACGAAAAGGCUGAAACCGGACAAGACGAUGAUGAGAAGGAAGAGCUGGAAAUGGAAGUCCAGCGUCUCAGGAAGGAAUUGGGAAACUUGAGGCUAAACUUUCUGGGACGACCGGAUCAGCAGACCGCGUCAAGUAGACAGGUGUGGAGCACUGUGCCUGAAAAGAAAGAAGAAGAAGAUGCAGAAGCAGAAGAAGCAGAAGAAGCAGAAGAAGCAGAAGAAGCAGAAGAAUAG